AUGAAUAUUUUUACUCAAUUUUGUGCAACCAUGGGAGCUGAGUCUAAGUUUGAGAAAGUAAACACUCAAAUUUAUACACUCUAAAGGCUAGAAUUGCUGCUACCUAUACAAAUACGAAUCCACCAUGUGAAGAAGAUAUUAGAUAGAUUCUAGCUACAUUAUCAGGAGAAGACUUACAAACAAAUGCAUAGACGGCGUAUAGUUCCUUAGUGAGAAGAUUGAAAUUAUAAAACAAUGAUGAAAAUGGUUGGAUGAUGAUCAUUAAAAGUUUGAUAAUCAUAGAUAGGUAUUAGGUCAAAAAAAUUGAGGUGUGUGAGUGAUCGCAUUUUACUCAAAGAAUUUUAAGAUUUAGAUUUGCCUUUAAUUGAAUGUAGAUAAGAGAGAGACAUUAAAAAUAAGUAAUUACUCAUUAACGAAUUAAUAUCUAAAUAUUAUCAUUACAUUAAAUACAAAGGAUUAAAACUUAGAAAUUCAACUUCACUAACAUUAUAUAAGAAAGAGAAAAUACUCUAUUUUAAUAAAAUGUCACUCAAAUCUAUUUUUGAAGAAUUAAAAAUGAUAUUAGAGUUAGUUUAGAGAGCAUUUGAUGUUGUGGAAACAAAAAAAAAUGGUCAUCUACGUUUUAAAGUUAACUAAUAUGUAUUUUUACUACUUAUGAAUGAUUUAUUGAAAUAUUAUGGUUGUGGCUUAAUUGCAUUUAAUUUACUCAUUAAGAAAUUGUAAGAAUUACAAUCUAAUGAUCUACUUCAAUUGAUAGCAAUAUCUAAGUCCAUGGUUAAUUUUUCUAAUAAAUUUGAAGAAUUUAUUCAUUAAUGUAGAUUUAUACAAGGAUUUGAAAAUGUAUAAUUAGAUUAUAAGGUGUAACAUAAAUUAUAUAUUUAUUUAUAGGUAGAUGAUAAAGUUGUGAAUCUUGUUUCUUAAUAUCUAGAUUAAAUUGAAUUAUAGAAAUCUAAUGGUAGCAAAUAGAUUCAACUCAAUCAUUAUAAUUCUUAAGCUGUUCUAGAACUACUCUGUAUGUAUGCAUUUGUAAUCAUUUAGCUUACCAAAAGCUUACACCAAAAUAAAGUGAAUUCUUUGGUAAUAUCAUGAUUAAAUAACCAACCAAAACUCAAAUCUUUAUCAACUAAUUUAAGAAUAAAUUUGCUGAAGAAACCUUUUAGAAAUUUACCAAUAAUUAUUCAACUAAGUAUAAUCAUUAUCAAAAUUAAUAUAGAUAUAUGCCUAUUCAUGAAAAUUUUAAAAAAUUACCUGAAAUAAUAGAAGAGGAAGAUAUUGAUUUCUUACAAAAAGUUGAAGAUGAUCAAAAUAAGUUUCAUGUUAGAGAUGUCAUAGAUUUACAAUAUCCUGAUCCAUUUGAUGACAAAAUUUUUGGUCAAUUUUAAAAUAUUUUCAAUCAAUGA